UUCACCAAUAAGCUUGGUAUGGUUCGCGGAAGUAAACGAGGAUGUAUAGUAAACCAAGCGCCGAGAGGUCGACCCCGCGGGAGAGGAAGCAGUCGUGGUAGAGGACGUGGAAGAGAAGCGUGGAAUGCGUCCAACCACGAUGAUUUGGUCGGAAGGUCGACCGACAUUGACGACGAAGAGUUGAAAAAACGCAGGAGGCGAGCUGAAAGGUAUGUUGGAGACCGUGAAGUAAAGGAAGAUAACUAUAAAGUUCAAUCAGCAAACGAAGAACCGUCCUUCAAAUAUCCGGUUGCAGAGCGGUUUCUACGAGAUUACCUGAUCAGACAAGCAACCGACAAACGAGACGUCGGAAUAAUGAGAACAGCAGCCAGAUUUAUAACUAUACCAAAGUCUGGACCGCGACACCGAGCUCAUGACUUCUUUCUCAAUGUCUCCCAUCUACAAAGAUUGUCUGAAUAUGGCGAUGCAGAAUCGAUAAUGCGGGCUGAAUUACAAGCGCAAAGAACAGAAUUAUUGGAGAUAAUUAGACGAAGAUCGAAAAUCGAAAUCUAUGCGGAGUGUUCACCUGACAUUGAAAAGCAGUCUGAUCAGCCUGUUCUCCAUGGAGAGGAUUCAGACGUCGAGAUGGGAGAGGCUGAGCCUCUCGUAGAAUCACCUAUAUCAGCAGUAACGUUAACUAUACUUGAUAACACUCCUGUGAAGAACGUGGACGAAUUCGAUGGGUCGAGCGAUGGAUUGUCACCAAUGGACGUGGAUGAAGAAUAUCGAGAAAGCCUGAGAGCUUCUGUGCGAAUAAUAAAGAAAACGUCAUUGAGUGCUGCUGCGAAUACGAGAAGACCGGCUAGAAGGGUGAGCUUUAAUAAUGCUCCAGAUAUAAUUGAUGGCACAGGUCAGGAUAACGAGACCGUAAAUCUACCACCGCCAGAAUACACGAGAAAGCAACCAUUAGCGGACGAAGCCAUUACAGAAGAAGCCGGAAAUGUUCGUGAUGAUAGAAGCAUUAUUGGCAGUUAUAUUACUGAUAAUAAUGUACGCCUUGGAAAUUUGGAUGACACAGACAGAACGACAGGAGAACGGUCGAUUCAGAAACGAGACACAAUACCUGACAGUCCGAGUCCCAUGGUUUUCAACAUACGAACGCGUACUUAUCUGGGAUGGACGGCUAACUCUUGUGGUCUUUUAGACUGUCCAUUCCAUGUUCACAAACAGCCAAAGUGGGUUCACGACAUGCUUGUCAAACCACCCACUUUCCACUUUUAG